AUGGUUCACAAGCCCUCCUCCUCCUCGACCCCGACCUCGUCGACCCUCCUCGACCUCCCCCUCGAGCUCCUCGACGCCAUCUUUGCCCAAGCCGGCGACACCAAGCCGUUGCUUCAGCCGCCGUUUCAGCCGCUGUGUAGGCAGCUCGAGCCCGUCCAGCGCCGUCACCACUACCGCCGCAUCGUCGUCAACGGCUACGAGCAACUCGCGGCACUUUGUCGCGCGGCACCGUCCAUCCCGGGCCUCGAGGCCAACGUCGUCGAGCUCAAACUCGCCAUGAGGGACGAGGACAACAGCGAGAGCCUGCGCGUCUGCUAUCUUCUCGAGUGGCUACAAGGCCAGCGCCUGCCUGUCGACCACCUUCCCGACCCCAACACGAUCCCGGACGACGAGCAGAUCUGCCCGACGGCGUCCCUCGUCGACUUCAUCUCCCGCCUGAGCGGCUUGCGCGAGCUCCACCUGUAUUGUGUCGAGAUCGACCUGAUCGACGCCGUCGUUGGCAACGACGAGGUCGACGACCCGAUCCGCGCGAGCACGAGCACGCCUCGGCUCCAGCGCCUCGAGGUCCUCGCCGUCGAGCCGAAGGAGGGGCUCAUGUUCGAGGGCCCCGAGCGCACACGCGCAUGGAUCGGCUGGUUGCGCAAGAUCAGCCGCCUGCCCAAGCUGCGCGACUUGCGCCUCGCCGUCUACGAUGAACACCCGCCGCCGCCCCUCCCCGACGUCGACUUUUUCUCGCCGUCCCUCCUGUCGAUCACGACCGGCGACAGCGCCCCUUUUUUCUACCCGUGGGACGGGCCCUUCCUUGGCAAGUUCGCGCCCAACCUCGAGCGCAUCGACGUCGGCGACAUGGACCUCGACUUGACGUGGCCUGUAGGCGGCGACAACCCUCGAGCCGAGUCGCCGCUCGACGACUUCCUCGCUCGGUUCAAGCGCCUCGAGCGCCUCGAGAUCGCGCGCAUCUCGUUCGACUCGGCCCGCCUCUUUCCCUACCUGCACUCCCUCCCCAACUUCCACACCCUCACGCUCGGUUGCGGCACGCCCACCACCGACGCCUUCCUCGACGCCCUCCUCGACGGCCCUACUCGCCCGCCGCACUUGCGCCGCCUCACCCUCGAGCACGUCGCCCGUUGCCGAGGCGACUCGCUCGCCGACCGACUUUAUCGGCUCCCGUCCACCUUCGAGGCUGCGGGCUUCGAGCUCGCGCCGCGCUGGGGCUGGAGCGGGCCGGCCUUCCCUUGCGGCGGAUCCGAGGCGGGCCUGCGCGCCGCCCUGCGCUCGGCCGAGGCGCACGGCGUCGUCGUCGACGGCUCGGCGCUCGGCGCGCUCGACUGGGACGAGGCGUAUGCGCGCGUGCGCACGGAGGCCACGCUGCUGUGGGCGGCCGAGGGAAAUCGGUGGGACCGCGCGCGCGAGCUCUUCGGCGACGAGCGCGCCGACGCGUUCAGGUUCGGGUACGAGGCCGGGCUCAACGUCCAACUCUCGUGACUGAGUACAGGGAGGAGGGCAUGGUCGGGCAAUGCAGCGCGAGCGAGUUCUUCCUCU